AUGACGUCUUUCAAGGCUCCUAAGCCAACGGAGCUAACCAAGUUCUAUAUCAACGGCGAGUACGUCAAGCCCAGCACCGACGAAGUAUUCACCGUUCGCAAUCCAAAAGACGACACGGUAGUGUCAGACCGCGUGCCGGUUGGGGCCCAAGAAGAUGUCGACGCGGCAGUUCGCCAUGCUGAGGCCGCAUUCAGAGGCGAAUGGAGCACAUUUACAUCGGCAGAAAGGGCUCGUUGUCUGUACAGGCUGUCCGAAAUCUUGGACGAGCACCUAGGAGACCUACUUCGCCUUGACACCCUCACUGGUGGACACCCUGUGUCUCUUAUUCCGACGCGAGAGAAGAAUUACAUUGUCAACGGACUUCGCUACAUGUCCGGUUGGUGCGACAAGUUCAAGGGUGAUUAUUUUCCUGAUGACGACGGUUUUGUGAAGAUUGUCAAAAAUGAGCCCCUCGGGGUUUGCGUGGGCAUCUGUCCCUUCAAUUCUCCAGUGGCAACGUUCUUUCAUAAAGUCGCACCUGCGUUAGUCACAGGAAAUGUCAUGAUUAUCAAACCUUCGGAGAAGACACCCCUUGCGUCUCUUGCGCUGGCUCCACUCAUUGAGCAGGCAGGAAUCCCCAAGGGUGUUGUCCAGGUUGUCACCGGACCGGGGAAGACGGGCGAGCUCUUUUCCAGGCACAUGCGGGUCCGCAAAAUUAGCUUCACUGGCAGCAUUGCCACCGGUAAGAAGAUUCAAGCAGCUGCUGCUCAAAGUAACCUUAAGCGUGUGACUUUGGAACUUGGCGGAAAAGGGCCAAACGUCAUUUUCGAGGACGCUAACUUGGACAACGCUGUCGAAUGGGCCCUCAGAGCUAUCAUGGCUCGAAGUGGCCAGAUAUGCAUUGCUGCUUCACGCCUUUACGUCCAAAGAUCAGUCGCUGAUGAAUUCGUCAGACGAUAUGUUGAGAAAAUGAGAGAAGCGGCCAAGUAUAUGGGAGACCCUUUCGACCCUGACACAGCCUACGGCCCUCUGGUAGACAAGAUUGCUUUUGAAAAAGUCCGAGGUAUGAUCAACAGGGCUAAGGCAGGAGAGGCCGAGCUCUUGGUAGGAGGAGAUUCGAUCGGCACGACCGGCUGCUUCAUUGAGCCCACUGUGUUCGUGAAUCCCAAGCCCAAGGCUGAGAUUCUGACCGACGAAGUCUUCGGCCCAGUUUCCGUAGUCAGCACAUUUGACACUGAGGAAGAGGUCAUUCAGAAAGCCAACGACACAGAAUAUGGGCUGAUGUCCGGAGUAUUCACGAGAGAUAUAAGCCGGGCACUCCGUCUCUCAUCGAAGCUUGAGACAGGAAUCGUGGGGGUUAACUGUGCCAGCAUACUCAAUAUUCAAGCCCCCUUUGGCGGCGUGAAACAGUCCGGAAUGGGCCGCGAGUUUGGAAUGGACGUUCUCCGAUCAUUCACAGAGACGAAAACAAUCCUUAUCAAGUAA